UAUUACAUUAUGGGGGAAAUUUGGUCCCCACAAUGUAAUACAAAAAUAACCUACACACACACCAUGCAGGUUUCCCUGACAACCUCACCAUCUCCUUGGACAAUAGCACACACCCACUCACAUAGUGUUGGUUUCCCUGACAACCUCACUAUUUCCUUCAACGAGACACACACACACACACACACACACACACACACACACACUACACACCAUGCAGGUUUCCCUGACAACCUCACUAUUUCCUUCAACAAUGACACACACACAGUGUAGGUUUAUCUGACGUCCUCACUGUGUCCUUGGAGAAGAACACACACACGGUGUGGAUGCAAGUGGUUUAUGACAUGAUUUCCUUUUUAUUUAUGCUGUGAAACUGCAUAGGGAUGCAUUUAAACAAGCCUAUACUGCAGGAUGUGACGUAGAUGCUGACGUAGCUAUGUGAUAUGAGUGGCUCCGCCCAGUUAGGUGGCUCCGCCCAGUUAGGUGGCUCCGCCCAGUUGGGUGUUACAUAUUAAUGAGGAAUCAGCUUUCCUGUUCUCUCCCUGGCUUUGUGACUGGGUGCUGCCAAGCCACACCCACAAGGACAAUUAGUUUUAUCAUCACUGACCAAGUACAGUGCUGGUGUGUGUGUGUGUGUGUGUGUGUGUGUGUGUGUGUGUGUAAGGAAGACCCAAGGAAGUAUUACCGCCUGGCUGCCUGUGUGUGACAGUGAGUCACCGUUUCAGGGGAGCAGUACCGUAAUUAGAAGGGACGGCCACUUGCUCUCCUCCCUCAGCAGGGGAGAAACAGAUGUGAAUUCAGGCACACAGCAGUCCACCACUCAGGGACAUGCAGGCUGAGGAGAGACUGGCCCUCCUGCAGCCAAACCUCCAGCAGGUCGCAUGUGUUUGAUCAAGCACGUGAACAUUAAAAGCUACUUGCUUUCAGGUUACCGGCUCAUAUCUCCAUGACGAUAGCAACAGUUCCUUUGCUAAAUCUCCUGAAAUUUGCCAUGGUUAUGAGUUUGUAAAGAUCAUAGUUCCCAACGGUCUAACAAAGUGCCCAUCAGUCAGGCUCCAGGUUCCUGUAGUUCAUUUUUAUAUAGUGCUUUUCCCAACAUGACUCCCGGAUGCCUCUAAUCUCGGUCUCGUUUGGCUGUCGGUGGAGGGGAAGUGUGGCUAGCGCCACCAUGCCAGGUGGCCUGGCACGCCUGUGUAAGCUGGGCCUGACUCACCUGUGCUGUGCCGGGCUGUGCUGUGCUGUGCCACGUGACAGGAGCAGGCCGCCGACAGUGAGAACGAUGCCAGCGACACCAUGGGCCGGGUGGACGAGGGCGUAGAGGAGUUCUUCACCAAGAAAAUCAUCCCCAGCAACCCCCUGAAAUACCAGAAGGAGGGGCCCUUGGUGAAAGCAUCAGCCACUGAACCUGCCUGCUCCACGCCCCCGACUGGGCCCACCAGGAACAUCAAGAAGAAGUUCGGGGACUUUUUUGCCUUCAAGAAGGUCCGAGGCGGCCGGGGCUCCAAGGGCGAGGGGGCCCAGGAGGGGAAGGUGAAGAAGACGUCCAUAGCAGAUCUGAUCCGGCCGCUGAGGGAGGCAGCACGCGCAGAGAAGGAGAGGGAAAGAGAGAGGGAGCGGGAAAAGGAGAAAGAGAGGGAGAGAGAGAAAGAGAAGGCCGAUGAGGAUAAUGCCAUCAAGGGAAGUGCAGCGCCCCCUGCAGCACCGGCGGUGGCAGUGACAGAGGUGGGAGACGAAGAGGCCCCCGGAGGCCCCUCACCCCCGCCGUCCCCCACCCCGGAGCUCACCCCCGUCUCGCCAACCGCUGCCACUGCUGGUAUAGCUACACUGAGCACAAGCCCCACCCCUGUACCCGCGGUGGGACGGGAGAAGAGCCGCACGCCAGACGGAGAGAGGAAGCUAAAGGGGAGCCGACGGUCCCUCAGGGAGGGGAAGUCACAGUCGCUCAUCUUGCUGACCGGCCUGGAGCCUGAGGACAGAACCAAGAAACCCUCGUCAGAAGGGACUCCCAGCUUCGAGCAGCGCGUCCACCUAAUGCUGCACCGCAUGGGUGUCACCAAAACGUCACCCCCUGACCCCAAGAAAGUGCAGCAAAACAAGGAGGGCGAGCUGAGGAAGGCUGACUCAGAGGGGACAAUCAUCGACAGCAAACCCGAGCCCCCACCCACCAAGCCGCGCACCAUGUCCACUUCCUCAGACACAAGACGGCCUGUGCGGGGUGGAAUGACUGCAUUGGAGUCACUCAGGGCUGUUGAGGCCGUCGAGAGGCCACCCCCCCCGGAACGCCCCAGUCCACUCACCCCCAAACCCAUCAUCAAGCCCCCACUGUUGACCCCAGAGUCCCCUGCAGCCCUCAGGACAUCCCCAUGGACCACCAGCCAGUCCAGUCCCGCCCGUGAGGGCCCCCCUGCCGAGCCUGGGGCUGCUCAGCUGCUGGAAUCAGUCAGUCCCCGCAGGGAGACUCCCAGUCCCUGGAGGGAGAUCCCUCCAGUUCCAUCGCCACGCAGGACGGUUGUCCCGGGAGACAGCCGCGACCGAUCGGAACGGGCGCAGUCAGUCACUGAAGAUACCCUCCCCAAACCACGUCCCCGGACCAAGCCCUCACCCCAGCGCCGCGCCAUCUCCGUCCAUGAGGAGUCGCUCCGUGAACAGGCCGCCUUUUUGGACCCUGAGGAGCUGAAGGCUGCGUUGCCACGGCUGCAGAGGUCGCCGGUGCGGAAGUGGGCCAAUCACGGGGAGCUGGCCCCCUGCAGCGAGGCUCUGCCCGAAGGAGAUGAGGCAGGCAAAAGAACCAGCGGGGAGAGCGAGCAGAGCAAGGAGACAGGGGGCGAGAUGGUGACACUGCAGCACAACGUGCAGGGAGGGCCGUCAGACCAAAGAACUGAUCCCCCACAGUUCCUCAAAGACAUGAACUGACCGUACGCAGAGUCUAUUUUCUACCGUGUCCCUUUGCAUUGCACGCCAGACAAAAAAAGCAACAAAACUAAGAAAAAAAAGAGGAAGAUCGUGUCUAUACUUGUUAAAUAUUAUUAAAAAUUCCAUUCAGAUGUCUUAUCGAGAAUUCUGUUUAUGCCGGUGGUUCUAUGGUUUGGUUGAUUGGGAGAUUGCUCCCUGUUCUUGUUGGGAUCUAUUUAAGAUUUAUUUAAUUAUCUGGUUAAUUGCCUCAAAAAUGUCCUGUUUCUGGAAAAAGAAAAAAAAAACUAAAAGCACAGCUCCCAAUGCACAUCUGUCCAGUGAAUGGUAUCAUGGGAAUGGUGCAAACCUUCUG